UGAUAGUCUUCUGAUAUUCGUAUUUGCAAGUCAGUUCGAAUAGUUUUUGCAAAUAUAAAUUGAUUUGUGCAAAAUGUUUGGUGCAUUGCUACUGAAUAGCAUAGUUGCCCGGUUAUUGCUGAAACUGGAACAAUUUCAUCAAGCCAUUCAGGAUCCAUUCGUUUACCUUCUUCGAUUUAUAGUGGAGACACAGACGAUGCAGCAUAUCCUGCGAACGCUGGGAGCUCCAGAAUCAAAAAUAUAUUCCGACCUCUCACACCAAUCUGAUUUAUCGCUUGAUUUUUCAAUGAAGCAAUAUUACAAUUAUGCAAAAAUCUCAUCGUUUCCAUUAGUAGCAAAAAUCCUCAUCGAUCACGAAUAUCCUAUCAACAUUCCAAUAGAACUGCAUGAACCUCUAACGAUGCUGCAGAGAUUGACGGAAAUUUUCGAGUUCUCUUCCUUGCUUGACUCAGCAGCAACUUCUAAGAAUAUUGCUCAGCAGUUAACAUAUUUGGCAACCUUUUCGAAUCUUUCAUUCUCAACGGUUUAUGAAAGAAUUUCCAUGCCUUUUACGCCUUUACUGGGUGAAACAUUUGAGUGUGAUAAAGUACAGGAAUUUGGUUGGCGGUGUAUUUCGGAACAAGUUCAACAUUUACCUUCUGUUUGUGUUAUGUUCUGUGAAGCUAGUGGAUGGGUUUGCAGACAAGAGUUUACUUAUGAUUUGUCAGCCGAGAAAGAAUUCAUUUCCAUCUUUUCUAAAGGAUAUUUAAAAGUCUACUUCACGGAGAGCGGUUGCGAAUACGUAUGGAAGCGAGAUGAAAUUAUUAAAAUAUAUAAACACAUCACCGGCAAAUUAAUACCAGAGAUUCAGGGAACAACUAAUAUUACUGGUUUGAAUAACGCAAAAGGAUAUGAAUGCAUCCUUCGGUACAAUCGACGUGAACAACAGUUGGAGGAACAGGUACCGGAUAUGGAAGGAAGUGUAAUGUAUGGAAGACGACCACUAGUUUUACUACGUGGAACUUGGCGAGAUGGAGUGGUCGCAUCGCCCGUCAAUCUUGUUGAACAGACAUCGACGAAUGUCACACACAUAGCGGCAGAUUUUCGUCUUAUAUACAAGAAGCCUCCAAUACCAAAUGGACGGGAACUUUCUUACAACAUGUCCAAAUUCACUCAUAAUCUAAAUAAAAUGGAACAGAACUUAGCACCUACUGAUUCAAGAUUUAGAGAAGAUGUUCGAUCAUUGAUUAGUGGUUUCCUUUCAGAAAGCAAUGAAUUUAAACGAAGUUUGGAACAAAAGCAAUUGAUAAGAAUAUCCAAUGACACGAGUUUAAUGCCUUCAAAGCAGUUUAAACCUACAUGGUUUUUACAGAACGAAAACAAUGAAUGGAUCUAUAAUGGCGAAUAUUGGCUAUGCAAAGCAACUCAAGACUGGUCUAGAUGUCCACAAAUCUUCUGAUUGAAAAUAUUAAAUUUUGCGAUUCGUAGUUUCAAAAAAAAAUGUAAAUAAACCAUUUUUAGCAUGUUC